UCUUACUUUUAUAAUACCAUCAUUCAAAAUGUUAUCUCUCCGAUCCUCACGUCUUCUCCUUCAAUCAACUCGAACACUCUCACAAUCCUUACCUCGAUCAAGUAGGAACUACACCAUUCGUUCAGCUACACAUAACCAAUCGAGAGCGUGGAAAACCGCCAUCUUGCUCUCUGGAGGUAUUGGAGUAGCUUCGAUCUUAAGUAUAGAGAAGACUAAGAAUGAAGAGGAGAGAAAGGUCAGAACGAGUGUUUUAGAUGAAGAUAGUUUGAAGAGACCUAUACAUAAGACAAGCGAAGAUAAAUUACCUGCGGAGGAAAUGGUCGCUUCUAAAGAAACUCAAGCGUCGAGUGAAGGUGCUUUCAACGAAGAAACCGGUGAAAUCAAUUGGGAUUGUCCUUGCCUCGGAGGUAUGGCUCAUGGUCCUUGUGGAGAACAAUUCAGAAACGCUUUUUCAUGUUUUGUAUUUUCAGAAGCAGAACCUAAAGGAAUGGAUUGUGUGGAAUUAUUUAAAGCUAUGCAAGAUUGUUUUAGAGAACAUCCUGAUAUUUAUGGAGAAGAAAUCGACGAUGAAUCCGAAAUAUCGGGAACUCCAGCUCCUGAAGGGACAGAAGGAAUCCCUAAACCUCCCAAUACCGAUCCUCCUGUCAAUUCACCAGUGUUAGGUGUGACACCUGAUAAAACGCCUUCAAAAGGCGAGGAAAAGCUUAAACCAUCCGGCAAACAAGUCACCAGCUCUUCCACUACCAACAAAGCCAAAACGGGCUGAUUAUAAAUACACCAAUACACCUGAAGAUCAAUUAGAUCCAAUGUCCAAUAACAAAUGGACUACUAUGCAAAGUCAUAAACAAACAAUUAUGCAUCACUCAUAUCA